UAAGGAGGAGGCACUGCUACUCCGUCCCAAUAAGGCGGCCGCGUCGACGUAUCGCUCCAAUGAACAGCAGUGACCAAGUGUUUAUCUGCGCAUAGCCUACUUUCCGGUUUGUUUUGCCACCUCACUUGGGUUUUCUCAUCCUCCAGCGAGACAUCAACCGGAAUGGAGUCAACUGAAGCUUUCGUGACAUUUCAGUUGGGCUGGCCUCAAAUGCAUCACUUGUUUGCUCUACUUUGUCUUGUUGCCGUCGUCAAAUUAACAAUGUUGCUCGCCGAAAGAAGGGAUGCGUUUCGAAACUUUGAAGCUUUUCCAGGACCACCUGCACACUGGCUUUUUGGACAUGUGAAGGAGUUUAAACAAGAUGGGACAGACUUGGACAAGUUUGUGAAAUGGGGACAAAAGUACCCUUAUGCUUUCCCAAUGUGGUUUGGACCCUUUGUCUGUUUCAUGAACAUUCACCAUCCGGAUUAUGUGAAAACGUUACUGAUAUCAACAGAGCCAAAAGAUGAUCUGUCAUACAAGUUUAUUGAGUCAUGGCUUGGCGAAGGCUUAUUAGUUUCAAAAGGUCAGAAGUGGUUACGGCACAGAAGGCUCUUGACCCCAGGUUUUCAUUAUGAUGUGUUGAAACCAUACGUAAAACUGGUGUCAGACUCUGCAAAAACUAUGCUGGACAAAUGGGAAAGUUAUGCAAACACCAAUGAGUCCUUUGAAUUGUUCAAACACGUGAGCCUUAUGACACUAGACAGCAUCUUGAAGUGUGCCUUCAGCGACAACAGCAACUGUCAGACCGAUAGUGGAACAAAUGCAUACAUCAAAGCAGUGUAUGAGCUCAGUAAUCUGAUUAACCUGCGGUUCAGGACGUUUCCAUACCACAAUGAUCUCAUUUUCUACCUCAGCCCACAUGGCUUUAGAUACAGAAAAGCAUGCAAAGUGGCUUACAGUCAUACAGAGGAAGUCAUAAGAAAGAGGAAAGAAGCACUCAAGGAGGAGAAGGAGCUGGACCGGGUACAGGCCAAGAGGAACUUGGACUUCCUGGACAUCCUUCUCUUAGCAAGAGAUGAGAAGCAGCAGGGUCUGUCAGAUGAAGAUAUACGAGCAGAAGUGGACACAUUCAUGUUUGAGGGCCAUGACACCACAGCAAGUGGCAUUUCUUUUAUCCUCUACUCUCUGGCCUGCCACCCAGAACACCAGAAGAUUUGCAGGGAGGAGAUCAUUCAAGCCAUGGAUGGGAAGGACACCAUGGAGUGGGAGGAUCUCAGUAAAAUUCCAUACACAACAAUGUGCAUAAAAGAAUCCCUCCGCCUUUACCCUCCUGUACCAGGGAUGUCCAGAAAGAUCACCAAACCCAUGACUUUUUUUGAUGGAAGGACUUUGCCAAAAGGAAGUCAUGUUGGAACGAGUGUGUAUGGGAUUCACAGGAAUGCAGCUGUCUGGGAAAACCCUAAUGUCUUUGACCCACUGCGUUUCCUACCAGAGAAUGUUUCCACGAGGUCCCCUCAUGCAUUUGUGCCCUUCUCUGCUGGGCCAAGAAACUGCAUUGGUCAGACCUUUGCCAUGAAUGAGCUGAAAGUGGCAACCGCCCUGACACUGAAGAGAUACCAGCUGAUAGAGGAUCCCGCUCAGAAACCCAUGUUAAUUCCUAGACUGGUGCUUCGCUCACUCAAUGGCAUCCACAUCAAGAUCAAACCUGUAGACCCACAGGAGUAAAGGGAAGUAACUGUAGGAAAUGCUUUUAACCUAGAAAAUACAGGGAACAUUUUGAGGAGCUGAAGUAUUUUCAUUGUAAUAUUUGACUUAACCUUUACACUGACAUGCAUUCACAAACAGAUAAUAAUGAAAUGAUGACACUACUGGUGCACUGUAUUAUUUAGUGGUUGAACAUGUUUUAAGGGGGAAUUACUUGCUGAAAAAUAAGUUGCAUUUGUAUUUUAGAAUAAUUUUCUCACACGAACAAUUUAAGUGUUGCACUUUAUAUGUGAAAAGGAUAUAUGACCUAUAUUGUGGUAGGAUAUUUGCACCAAAUCAGUGAAAUUUUGUUUAUUUGUAACGGCAUUAUCAACUAUAUGUAGUGGUUCUGUUUUAGUAGUGGUUGAUGGCUGUUAGGACCAGGUCAAAGCAGCAAAAGGUUUAGCUUAGCAUUUUAAUAGAGCCCAUUAAAAGACACAAUAUGUCUGCCUUUUUUGUGUUCAUGAAAAAGGUAGUGUGAACUUUUACACACUAGUCUUUGUGCAGUAUUGUGAAAGUUCCAUAAUUUCUAUAAACCGUACUUAUACAUUAACACAGUUUACUGCCUCUAUGUUAAGAUGUGUUAUUGCCUGUCAUGAAAGUGAUUUUUUUUUUUCUAGGAUGUGUUAACUCAUUUAAAGGUCUAAAGUACUCCUGAAGCAUCUGGUCAAAGUUUACUUUCAGAAUAACGUUUCAGGAAGGUGUAGCAAGCAAUACAAUAGACACAAUACACCUGGAUCACCUUUGUGCUCUGUCUACGAAUUUCCCUCUUGCUGAAAUGUGCUGUACAAAUACAACUGCCUUGCCUAUGCUUGCCUUGUUAAUAUCAGAGCAAUUGCAAUGCAACAUUAAUUAAUCACAGUUGAAAACACUGCAGAAAGUUGAGUCAAAAGUAAUUCAUUUUUUAUUUACAGUCCUAUGAUUACAAAAUCCACACUCCGACAAGGACAAAAAGUCACUAGCACAGUUAGUAAAAGUGAAACACUUUGUCUUUUGUUGAUCUCUGAUCUCCAACCUUUCACUUAUAAGAUCCCAUGAAAGGGCCACUUGAACUUCCUAAA